AUGGUCAAAGAUGAACGGGAAGGAGUGAUCCACUCGCACAUUGAUCUUGCAGAGGCAGCAGCGAAUGGCUCGUGUGCAAUGGUAGAUUUUCUAUUAGACAAUGGCUUGCAAAUCGAUACUCCUGGAAAAGAUGGUACAACACCGCUAUGCGCUGCUUCUUUGUGGGGAAAUGAUGUCAUGGUCACGCACUUACUUGACAAAGGUGCUGAUGUUUCUGCUCAGAACGAAGGCACAGGCUGGACAGCUUUACAUGCUGCUUCAUUUCAAGAACACGGAAAGGUCGUGCGGAUUUUGUUGGCUCACCAAGCUGAUCCUAAAUUAAUGGACGCAGAAGGGCGACGAGCAGUGGACUAUGCGAGCAUUUCAGAGGCUAUUUGGCCCUUUUUUUCUGCCCAAGGAUGCAUCAAAAGCCAGAAGUCGGAGCUGUUAGCAAAAGGAAUAAUUCGUAAAAUUCAAGAGCAGCCUGAGCAAAGCCAAUUGGGCGAAAAGAAUGAUAGUAUCUCAUUUAUUUCCCGUCCUGGAUCUGCCUAUACAAGGGCCCAAAUGCAUCCACCGCUUGCUCAUCGACACAGUCCUGCACUUAAGUCACGCGAUGGACGAAAACAGCAAGGGCCCAUCGAUCCGCUUGGUGAUGUUUCCACUGACUUCAAAUCGAACCAACAGUCCCCGUCAUUCAAAAGAAUGGGCAUCUAG